AUGCAGUCCCCACUCCCUUGUCAAGCGCUGCUUAAUGAGGGCAGUGAGCUCGCUAUGCAGUUUCCCCUGGGAGUUGCCCCUGCUUUCCUCGUGGACCACCAAGGCACUCCAGUUCUGAUCUGCUCCUGUACCAGGGGUCUAAUCAGGCCUGUGUCUGCCUCUCUCCUGAGUCGACCAGAGGCCCCAUCUAAACAGCCUUCCUGCAGCAGCUCCCCUCUCCAGGUGGCCAGACGGGAAUUCCAGACCAGUGUUAUUUCCCGGGACAUUGACACGGCGGCCAAAUUUAUCGGUGCUGGGGCUGCCACAGUUGGUGUGCCUGGAUCAGGGGCUGGCAUUGGAACACUGUUUGGUAGCUUGAUUAUUGGCUAUGCCAGGAACCCAUCUCUCAAGCAGCAGCUCUUCUCCUAUGCCAUUCUGGGCUUCACUCUGUCUGAGGCCAUGGGGCUCUUCUGUUUGAUGGUCACCUUCCUCAUCCUUUUCACCAUGUGA